AUGGCUUCAAAGAUCACAAUCUUUUUCGUGCUUGCUCUCGUCGUCGUUUGUACAAUGAUGGUAUGUAUUCCAACUGCGACUGCUGAGCUUGUUCUUCCUUGCAAAACAACAUAUGACUGUGUAAACCUUCCCUGCUUGGGAAGGCCACCUCUAUGUAUAAAUGGACAAUGCAAAUGCACCACUACAUUGACACAUCAAGCAAAACUCGAUAACUUAAGGACAAUGAAUGAUGCUAAGACAUGCAAGUACACGAGUGAUUGUGAUCCACGUAUGAGAUAUUCUUGUGUCUCGGGAUCUUAUAUAUGUUUGAAUGGUUUUUGUACUUGUACGUAGUACAGUAUAUUAUUAUAAACAAAUGCUUAUUUAUUGCUUUUAUCAUCGUAGGAAG